AGAAAAGAGACUCUGAGCUGCAGCUCUUCAUGCAGGCGGGGAGGAGGCGGACAGAGAACCACAACCAGAAACCGGCAGGUAUCACACAGGUUCGGGGGUUUCUGCUCGGCAUGGACCUCUCUGGGAUCUGCCGGCUGCUUGCGUUGACAGGUUUGGUGCAGCUGUUGCUUCCUGCAGCUGCUGACCUUUCACCUCUGAACUGCAGCGUCAGUCGACUUCCAACCCGUUUCUUUAGGUACCAGCUGUCCCAGUGGACCGCCUCAGAUGACUGCGACACACAGUGGGCAGACCGAGAUGUUGUGAUCGCCCAGGGUUCUUCAGUCAAUGAGAGCCUGGUAGAGAACGUGACCGUCGACCACAUCGACCUGAAGAUCUGCCAUCCUCACCUGAUGCACGUCACCAAGUGUUUGAAAGUGAAACAAACUUCACCAACAGAGAAUAAAUUUGAUUGGACUGUUGACUGCAGAGUGAACUGCAGCCUCUUGGAGCUUGAUGAUGUUCCUCCACCAACCAAGUUUUGCUUUUCUGAAUCCGUGUGCGUCGACAGUUUGACAGCAUUUCUCUUCCCCGGUGCUGCAGUUGCUGUGAUUCUCGUGGGUUUGAUCAUCUGGUUUGCCGUCCACAAAUACAAACUGAGAAAAUCUGCAACUGCAAACUCAUCAUACAGUCCGCCAACUCAAAUACAAACCAAAGGUCAUGUGAUCUGAGGCCUGUUUCUGCCUGAAGUCAUUUGGCAGCUUCCUCAUCUUGUUUGAGCUUAAUACAGAGUUCAUCUACACCAUCCAGUUAUUUCAGAAAAGUCUUUAAGGUCUUUCAUAGGAACCAGCUUUGUUGGGUUAUCGGCAUUAAAUUACGGUUUUCUGACUGCUGCUUAGGUAUGUUAGGAGAAGAGCCGCUUCCUUUCCUGGAGCCAGAAACGUUUCUGUCUGCAGUCUGAACAAACGUUCAGACGUGUCAUAAAUCUGCAUCAACAUAACAUCACUAAGUUUUGCUUUAUUGUUUCUUAGUUUCCUUCUAUGAUUUAAUGACAUUUGGAAGAUUCUUGGAAGGAUGCAACCUCUGAAUCAAGAAAAAGAAAAUUAGCUUUGGAACAACAUGAGCUCACCGUUUUUACUGAUUUUAGUGUUUCUAUUGCUUUUACUGUAUUUUCUGCCUCUGAGGUUAAUUAGGUCCGUGUGAUGCACAAAGCUGCUACUUAAUAUCAUUUCUGUUGAUGCUUUGAUGCCAUUAAUAAAUCCUGUAAGGUGUGAAUAUUGAAUUGCUUUUGUUUCUGUGUAAAACUGGUGCUGUAGUUAAACUGAUUCAGCUGCAUUUCAUUCUGACUUCUGCAAUAAAAAUCAUUUUUACUAAAC